AUGAUCGAGCUCAUUCUCACUUUUGUUAUGCUUGGACUUAGGCGGCUGCGCGGUCUAUGGUACCUGAUCCAAGGACCAGACCUCAUUGACAAAGCUUACGUCUCGAUUAUACAGCCGAGAUUUACGAUGCUGGGAUUUGAGUGGCAAAAUCAACGCGAAGUCGAGGGAACAGGUUUUGUCCGCGCAUUGCGCAGCCGGCUUACUGCGCACCUGCCAGCCCUGCAGCCAGAUUUGCAAAGUAUUAUCCAGGAUGCCAUAGAGGCUGAGCUCGCAACACCGCACGUUGAUGGGUUCGUGCAUUGCAGAUUGUUUGCCAUGAUCAAGCGGACCGUCACAAAAGUCAACAGUUUCACCUUCUUUGGCAAAGAACUUGCCCAGAAUCCCGAGUUUCUCGCAGCCGCGUUGGAGUUUCCGCAGGGUCAUUAUGACCGCUGA